UUUGAGGGUCCCUCCUCCUCACAACAACAAACAAAAAGAAACCAUAAGUGGGCUCCUCUUCUAGGGUUUGAUUGGAAAACAUGGCGUCGAUUGAGAAACAAAGCAUUGAUGAAGCGACGAAGAUUGUAUCGUCUGAUCCAUUGUUGGGGGACUCAUCGGAAUUUACUAUCACGGAGGUUACGCCGCCGAUUGUUGUUCCGUCGUUGAAGGAUGAGCCCACUGAUUCGGAGCUAGAAGGAUCAAUCACAGUUGGUGUCGUCCCGGAAUCAAAUCAAUCGAACCAGAUGAUUGAGAAAUCAAAGGUGGGGAAGAUCAAGAGGUCCGCCACCAAGGACCGCCACACCAAGGUGGAGGGUCGUGGCCGGAGAAUCCGAAUGCCGGCGGCUUGCGCCGCGAGAAUCUUCCAAUUGACUCGAGAGCUCGGCCACAAGUCCGACGGCGAGACCGUUAAAUGGCUUCUCGAGCGAGCCGAGCCAGCCAUCUUUGAAGCCACCGGAACCGGCACCGUCCCAGCCAUCGCCGUCUCCGUCAACGGCAGUCUGAAGAUUCCCACCACGCCGCCGACCACCACGGAAGCCCAAGCCGCCAAAAAGAAGCGCAAGAGGGCUUGCACUAGCGAGUUCAUCGACGUGGACGACUCGGCUCCGGCUCCGGCUCCGGCUCCGUCGAAUUUCGCUCCGGUCACGACCAUGACGCCGCAACGACUGUUGCCGGUGUGGGCAGUAGCCGGCGGUGGAGCUCCGCCGAAUGCUUUUUUCAUGAUUCCGCCACCCGGAACCGCCAUUGCUGGACCUUCGAAUCAGCCUCAGAUAUGGUCCAUUCCGGCUGGAGCAAUGCCUAUGUUCAAUGUCUCGGCCAGACCCGUUUCGAAUUAUGUAUCCGCAAUGCAACCCGGACUUAGUUUUGGUGUCGCCGUCGGCGGCGGUGGUGAAGUUCAAGCUCCGGUGGGGUCGGUGUCGAACAGUGCGAGUGGAGAGAAGUCUGGGAAGGUGUCAACAAUGGCUCCAAGUUCAAGUUCAACCACCACCGCCACCACCACUACUACUACACAGAUGCUGAGGGAUUUUUCUCUGGAGAUUUAUGAUAAGAAAGAGCUUCAAUUCAUGGUUAGCUCUGGAGGUGACCAAGCUGCUUGAAAGCAUUGAUGAUAUGGACAAAGAUGUUAGGGUUUUACAUUUUUUUUUUUUUGGUGUGUGUGUGUGUGUUUGUUUUUAAAUAGUACAGAGUUUUAGACUUAGAACACAGGUUUUAUUUUUGGUAGUUUAUUUGUAGUUUAGUUAUUAUUAUGGUUUUUUUGGGUAAUUUGGGUUUAGAGUGAAUUGGUUUUAGAUGAGAGUUUCAAUGGUGUUUGGCAACUCAUGACAUGCGUUUGUUUCUACUGUGCCAUUGACGCUCUAAUCUGGACUAUUCUGGUAAUGAAAGUGAUGUGUUUAUGAGAAUUUAUUUUUAGA